AUGAUUCUCGCAGAAGAGCAACCCACUUCGGAGACAAAUUCCAUGUUCUCAACUCCGGCUGAAAACGCCGGACCAUCGACGACUACUUCCACGGCAACUGACGUAGCGCUCUGCAGGAUAUGUCUCGAUGACAACCAAGAAGUUUCCAAACUAAUUUGUCCAUGCAACUGCAAGGGAAGUGUCGCCAGAACUCACUCAGCUUGUCUCGAAAAGUGGGUUGAAAUUACUCACAAUACAAAUUGUCAGAUUUGCGGAACGGAUUACGAGUUAGAAUCGUGUGGAUGGAAAAAUGUUACCGAAUGGACCGCACCCCGACCUUUAUCGAACGAAUGGGAAGAUGUACUAGAUUUCCGUUGUUGCAUAGCAUGGCUGAUCUAUUUCAGCCGAUUCGUCUACAUGAAUGCCACCUAUGGUGCAAAAGAAACAAAUCGUCAAAUAACUGAGGCAAUCGGCGACGGAGUCUUUGCCAAAUGUUGGUGGUUUGCAUUUUGGAUGAAUAUGAUUUAUUAUGGAUCGAUAACCGUUCUUCUAACGGACCAGUGGAUAACGGAAAACCGCGUCUACAGAUUCCGCGAUCGACGACCACCAAAGAAGCGUUAA